ACCCGAGAACUUCCUGUCUGAUGAGAGUAGCAUUUUGGUUUUUUUGUGUGUGACAGUGACUGUUUGAGCUAACUAGUUAGAAGUGAGCUUUCAAGAUGGGUUGUGAUGGUGGCACGAUUCCCAAAAGACACGAGUUGGUGAAAGGGCCCAAGAAAAUCGAGAAGGUUGAUAAAAAUGCUGAAUUGGCUGCCAAAUGGAAGUACUGUGCAUUGAGUCAAGAGAAACUUAGACGACCCAUCGUCUCCUGUGAACUGGAAGGUGAACUGUACAACAAAGAUGCUAUCAUUGAGUAUCUCCUGGAUAAGUCGGCUGAGAGACCUAAUGCUGAGGCUGUAGCACACAUCCGUGGGAUCAAGGAUAUAAAGGAGCUGAACUUGACUGAUAACCCUGAAUGGGAAGGAGAAAGAAGAAAUACAAAGGGAGACAGAUAUGAAGACAUUCAUUGUGGCAUGUUUAUUUGCCCUGUAGUUGGGUUGGAGAUGAAUGGCAAACACCGGUUCUGUUACCUCCAGACUUGUGGCUGUGUCUUUUCAGACAGGGCCCUGAAGGAAGUCAAGACAGAAAUCUGCCACAAGGUAGGAAUAUGUGAUUAG